CUGACGACAGCACAGUUUGGUGUUCGGCCACGGUGACCCGCAAUUGUGCGCGUGUACGCGCGUUGUCAUCACCGCUAAAAAAAAAACAAGGAGAGAACACAGAACUGGACGGAAUACGCACACAUCGAUGCUGCAAAAAAAUCAAGAUCUGAUUGAUAAUAUUCGAUAUAAGAUUUGAGAAUAGGAACUUUAAGACAAUGGAAGGGGAAUCAGAAAAUAAUACUCCUAAUAAAGAUUCCAAACCAAUUACUUGGCCGUAUAUGAACGUCAGCUCGCUAACUAUAUCGUUUCUGACUAAACUGGCGGCGGCUGGUAUUAUCUGGGGAUGGGGAUACUUCAACUACAGCAUAGCUUGGUUGAUCGCGCCAAUCGCGUUUUCCGUAUGGAAAGCAGAACGGAAAAGGGACAACGAAUUAAGAACGAUUACAGCACAAGCUAGUGUUCUAGCUAAAGAAAAAGAAUUAAUCAUCAGUCGAAUGAAUGAAUUACCCUCAUGGGUGUAUUUUCCGGACUUUGAUAGAGCCGAAUGGCUAAACAGAAUCUUAUAUAAGGUUUGGCCAAGUAUGAAUCAGUUUGUCCGUCAGCUGUGUAAGCAAACUAUAGAACCGUCGAUUGUUGAAAAACUAACUGAAUAUAAAAUUAAAGGUUUCCAAUUUGACCGGCUAGUUCUAGGUCGCAUUCCACCAAAAAUUUAUGGGAUCAAAGUAUAUGAUAAAAAUACCUCAAGAAAUGAAAUCAUCUUAGACGCAGACAUUAUGUAUGCUGGUGACUGUGAUAUUACCUUUUUCGUUGGAAACAUCAAAGGUGGUAUUAAAGAUUUUCAAAUACAUGGUUUAGUGCGCGUUGUUAUGAAACCUAUGCUGCCCAUGAUACCGUUAAUAGGAGGUGUACAAAUAUUCUACUUGAAUGUUCCUACUAUUAACUUCAAUUUAGUAGGAGUGGCUGAUGUAUUAGAUCUACCUGGAUUCAAUGAAAUUUUAAGAAAGACAAUCGUUGAACAGAUAUCAGCCAUACUUGUAUUGCCAAACAAAAUAAUUAUACCCUUAAGCGAAGAAAUACCUAUGGAGUCUCUAAAAAUACCCGAACCUGAAGGUGUUCUAAGAAUUCAUGUUGUAGAAGCAAAGCAUCUGAUGAAAAAAGAUAUUGGAAUGCUAGGUAAGGGCAAGUCUGAUCCGUAUGCCGUUAUAAAUGUUGGUGCCCAGGAAUUCAGAACGAAAACAAUUGACAAUACUGUUAAUCCAAAAUGGGACUAUUGGUGCGAGUGUGCCGUGACUUCAGCCAUCGCGCAACAACUGACUGUACUGCUGUGGGACUAUGAUGACACAAAGGGCGAUGAAAGUCUUGGAAGGGCCACUAUCGAAGUUAAUCGAGUAAAGAAAAAGGGUACGAUCGAUACGUGGGUCUCUUUGGAACAAGCAAAGCACGGUAUGGUUCAUUUGCGAUUAACGUGGCUACAAUUUUCAAAAGAUUCUGCCGAUUUAAGAGCUGCUUUAGUGGAAACUCAGGAACUUAGAGUCACAUCGAUGAGUACAGCCCUUCUCAUACUCUAUGUUGAUUCUGCUAAAAAUUUACCAUGUAUUCGAGGAAAUAAACAACCCGAUGUUUACUUGGAAGCAAGUGUCGGUGGAAAGAAAGAAAGGACAGCCACUGUACCACGUUCUUGCGAUCCUGUAUGGGAACGAGGAUUUACUUUUUUAGUUAGUAAUCCUGAAACUGGAGUUUUACACAUAAAGAUUAUAGACGAGAAAACUGCCAUGACAGUUGGGGAAAUGAGCUAUAAUCUUUCCCUACUUUUGGAGAAGAGUAAUCUUGAGGUGAUGCAACAACCGUAUGAUUUGCAAAAGGCCGAAGUGGAAAGCAAGCUUGUACUAUCAAUGGCAUUAAAUAUAUUGAAAUAUGAGCAGCCUGAACCCACUUCCGAGGAAGACGAAGAUGAUCAUGACAUCAAUGAAUUGAAUAAACGAAUCGAACGUCAGGAAUCUACCAUUAGUAAUGUAUUUUCUUCUAGUGUACCACCGAGCCCUCUUAAAAAACAGCCUUCGAAAGAAUCAGUCAUUAGUCAAACUCGCAGUACUGGAUCCGCCGGAGCACUUUUGCCUGAGGAAGCAACAGCGGUGGAAGAAGAAUUAAUAGUUAGCACCAGCGCUCCGUCCUCUUUUACCGAAAGCCCUCGGCUUAUCCAUAGAAAUCUGAGUAUUACGUCGUCCUCGGGCGAAGCAAAAUUAGGAAGAAUACAAUUGACUAUACGAUACAGCACGCAGAGACAGAAACUCAGUAUCUUCGUACACAGAGUUGCUAAUCUGCCGCUUCCCCAAAACGAUCCACACAAUAUACCAGAUCCAUAUGUAAAAUUAUAUGUUUUGCCGGACAAACACAAGGAAACGAAGCGCAAAACUGCUGUGAUCAAGGAUAACUGUAAUCCCCAGUUCGACGAGCAAUUCGAAUAUGUGGUCUCGCAGGGAGAUUUAAAUACACGAGUACUAGAAGUGUCUGUAUGCACACAAAAGGGUUGGCUGUCUACCGGAAGCAACGUAAUGGGACAGGUUCACUUGAAAUUGAGCGAAAUCAACAUUUCGAAGACAGUCACCAGUUGGUACGACUUACAACCGGAAAUCAAAGACUAGAAAAAAAGAAAAAGUAAGUGGGGAUUCGAGCGUUUGUGCGUUUGCGUGACGAAACAACCGCUUAAAUUCCCACUUAAUAAUUUUUACAAACGAUGAAAGUCUCAAAUGUUAUAAUUACCUCUAUAUUCCGUUGACCAUUAUUGUUAAAUUGACAAUUUAUUAAGGUAAGUUAAUACGUGGUGCUAUGCGAGACGCUAGACGUCUUGCGAGAAACGAUAAAAGAUAUUAUUUAAAGAGAUUCGUACUUACGCGCGCCUAAUGGCAUGAAAUGAUCUGAUAUAUGUUGCUGCAGCGGUAAAGCAGGGGCGAGUUGGCUUGGUAGCUAAUUUAGUAAUUUCAAAUUUUCUAUAUACAAUAAAAUAUUUUAAUAUGACAUACGCGCGAAAAGAUCGAAAUUCAAAGGUUUCAUAUAUGUUGUUAUCUUGUUUCUCAAAAUGUGCCUAAAAUGGUUAAACGCUGGCCGUUUAAUUAAAGGAUUCAUUUGGUAUUCGAUGCAUAUUAUAAUAUUAUAUAUUCGUAAGUCUCAAUGAAUGAGAUAACUUGCAAGAAUAUACAUAAAUGAUUAAAUAUAUUCGCGUAAAGGAAUUGAAAAUUUCUCUUGCUUUAAUGCUGAUCCGCACACCUGAUAUAUAAUAUAUUUUGUAUUUUAUGUUUGUACGAUGAAG